AUGGCCAUCAACUAUCUCAUUUUGCUGUCGCGACAGGGCAAAGUGAGACUUGCAAAAUGGUUUACCACUCUUUCUCCUAAAGAAAAGGCCAAAAUCAUCAAAGAUGUUACCCAACUCGUCCUUUCUCGGCGCACUCGAAUGUGCAAUUUUCUUGAAUACAAGGACACGAAAGUUGUCUACCGCCGAUAUGCUUCUCUUUUCUUCAUCGCCGGCUGUGCUUCCACCGAUAAUGAAUUGAUCUCCCUUGAAAUCGUUCACCGCUACGUUGAACAAAUGGACAAAUACUAUGGCAAUGUUUGCGAGUUGGAUAUUAUUUUCAACUUCCAGAAAGCAUACUUCAUCCUAGACGAACUCCUUCUGGCUGGUGAAUUGCAAGAAAGCAGCAAGAAAAAUGUCUUGAGAUGCAUAAGUCAGGAGGACAGCCUUGAAGAUAUAGAGUUUGUGCCCAAUCGCGAUCUCGAUACCGUCACGUCCUCCCUCAAUUUCACGACCCCCGAUCUUCACGUCGUGGGAGGAUGUGACCUGUAUACCACAAAGGCAGCAGGAGGAGACAAAAAGUUGUACAAGAACAUCGAAAAUGGUCUUGAAGCGCAAUAUAAGUCGAACCUACAAUUCUCCCACUCACUCUCGCCCCCACAGGCGCAUAUGAUGGCGUCUAGUCUCAAUCUGAGCCGGAGCAGCCCAUUUGGCAACCUGGGUAUGAUCAGUUCGAGGAGGACAUAUGCAUAUCUGAUCGCCACUUUGAAUGCGAGUCACCCAGACUACGACUUCUCCCACACCCUACGACCGACGGACUUCAAACGAGAAAAGAGCUUACGACAUGUCAUGAAUACUUUGGAUACAGCUCUAUACAACCUACGUCCACGGCCUCUGAACUCAUUGUUGAACACGCCUGGUAUAGUACCCGAAUCAGCUUGUCCACCCUCAAGUCAACCACACUGGGGUCCGGGAAUGUGGAGACUGAUUGACCAACAGAUGAGCUUGCGGGAUUGCAGUAUAUACCGGUACGCUCCAGAGGACUAUGAUCCGUUCGAGGAUGAUGAAGAAGGAUCCCUGUGGUCGAUGAACUACUUCUUCUUCAACAAGCAACGAAAGCGUGUGUGCUAUCUAUAUUUGCGCGGAAUCAGUGUUCUUGCCAUGGCGACAAUCGAUACUCUUCGGACGCCACUCAAGGCAAAGAGGUUCGCGGACACCGAUUCGGACGGAUGGACCACACCCGAUUUGGGAGCUCACAAGAGAGCGAGAUACUGGCUUGGAGUCAGAGAAGGCGUCGAGACGACGGAAAGUCCCGAUGUCGAGAUGGCCUCCGUCGAGAAAUCGGUCGAGGAGGCUAGUCCGAAUGGCAAAAUUGAGGACGAGCAAUUCUCACCUCCAGCUCGACCUGUGGUUGAUGAGCACGAUAAUUACAUUCUCAGUGAUGAGGAAGUCAGAAGCGCUAGAAGCGCUAGUAAGAGCACCGUUCGAGGAGCCAGCGAGGAAGUGGUGGGACCUAUGGAGGUUUAA